AUGCUUCGGUUUUUGAGCAGAAAACGGGGUCGGAACGAUCCAAAAGCUCGAAACAUCAAAGCUGGGGCUGAACGUUUAAAUCCUCCAAACAAGCAUUGUAUGCAAUGCAGGGUUAUGCUUUUAGAUGGUACAGACCUAUGCAUUGAACUAUCGAAAAAGGCUGUUGGUAGUGAUUUAUAUGAGCAAGUAUUUUAUUCAUUGGAUUUGAUUGAAAAAGAUUACUUUGGUUUACAGUUUACUGAUGCUAAUCACGUUCAGCAUUGGCUGGAUCCUACAAAAGCAAUAAAAAAACAAGUUAGAAUUGGACCACCAUAUACAUUUCGACUACGUGUUAAAUUCUAUUCUUCAGAACCAAAUAUGCUUCGAGAAGAGUUAACUCGUUAUCAGUUUUUUCUUCAACUCAAAUUAGAUAUCCACGAAGGUCGGCUUGAAUGCCUACAAAAUACUUGCAUUGAAUUAGCAGCCUUAGCUUUACAAUCUGAGCUUGGUGAUUAUGAUGAAACUUGUCAUACUCCUGCAGUUAUAUCUGAAUUUAGAUUUGUACCAAAUCAAACAGAAGAUAUGGAAAUCCAAAUUGUAGAAGAAUUUAAAAAAUGUAAAGGUUUGACUCCAGCUCAAGCAGAAACCAGUUACUUAAAUAAGGUGAAAUGGUUGGAAAUGUAUGGAGUUGAUAACCAUACUGUUUUAGGUAAAGAUGGAUGUGAAUAUGCUCUUGGUUUAACACCAACAGGCAUUUUAGUAUUUGAAGGCCUUCAAAAAAUUGGACUCUUUUUCUGGCCAAAGAUUGGAAAAUUGGAUUUUAAGAAGAAAAAACUGACUUUAGUAGUUGUAGAAGAUGAUGAUCAAGGACGCGAACAAGAGCAUACAUUUGUAUUUCGAUUACAUAAUGAAAAAGCAUGUAAACAUUUAUGGAAAUGUGCUGUUGAACAUCAUGCAUUCUUUAGGCUUCGUGCUCCUGUUAAAGGUCCGUCUGCAAGACAAAAUUUUUUCAGAAUGGGUUCACGGUUUAGAUACAGUGGCAAAACUGAGUUUCAAACGACUCAAUUAAAUAGAGCAAGAAGAACCGUUCAAUUUGAAAGAAGACCAAGUCAACGAUAUGCACGAAGACAGUCGCAUGUUUUAAGAGAAAGACAAAAGGACAAAACUGAAAAGCCAAAAACAGAAAAUGAAAAUGAGAAAAUGGAAAAAAUUAAUAUUAUGGAUAAACCUCCAACUCCAAUCUUAGAUUCCAAAGAUAUUCAUCUUGAACCAACAUCCUCAUUAACCUCAAACUCUUCUGAUAUUGCUGAGGAUAGGUUAGACUCAUUAUUAAAGAGUUUGAAUAAAGAAUCGCCUUUGAUAAACAGCAAAAUAAAUGAAUCAAAUUCAGUUGAUAUAAUUAAUAAAACAGAUGAUUUUGGCAAAGAUCAAAAUCAAUCCUCGUCUCCAUUACCAAACAAUCGAAACAUUUCAUUUAAUACUACUCCAAAACCAAUUCCUAAAGAACAUUUAAAAUGCAACAUUCUAAAAGCUCAAGUUGAAGAAGAAAUGAGGAAAUCUCCUUUAUCCAUGUUUGAUCCAUUAUCUAAAGUGACAAAUUUGCAAAAUGGGGAAUGCAAUAUUAAUUCUAAAUCAAAUUCUUUUGGCAAAGAACAAGCAACAUUUGUAUCUGUUGGUGGAGACAAACUGACAUUAUCCCUUAAUGGUGGCAUUGCAGCACCAGAAGAAAAUAAACAACCAUUGGAUGAACAACCUAUAUCUGAAACAUCUGUGUCUAAAGAUGACCGUAAAAGAUGUGCUACUCCGGUAACAGUGACCCAUUUCUCUUUUGGUGAAUGUGGGAAAUUAGAACAAAGGGUGGUUUCUCCUGAAAGAAGUCCUACAGAAAGUAUGUCAAGCAUUUUGUCCUUACCAUUUAAUGCCACUUCUCCUACUAGCCCUCGUAACCCAUUUUCGGCAAAUCCGUUUAUUGGUGAUUCACAAACAGCAACAACAAAUCCAUUCUUAUCACCAUCAUCAAAUCCAUUUGCCGAUGGUAUAAAAAAAGAUUCAACUAAUGAUGUCGUAGUUGCUGUUGAAUCAAAUACUGGCAUAAAUGGUGUAACAAAUUCUAAUACUAAGGUAGCCCAAAAAAAUCAGGAACUUACUAAGGCAAAGCCUUUAAAUCAAAUUUCCCCAUGGCUAAUUAGUGGUGCUGAGACUUCAUCCGUACCCAAAAUAAUAACCAGGAAGUCUGUGAUCACAACACAACUUUAA